AUGCACGAAAAGAUGAGGCUCUCGAGGCAGAAAGAGGGUCAUCUUCAUCAGCCAGUUAUGCGCCGCAUCUUGAAGCAGUUGCCCCUCAACGUCCCAGGAGGCGACGAUAAGAAGAAGUCAAGUCGCGCAAACGGAAAGCCGCCGUCUGCAGUGCAACAUCAGAUAGAUGCUACGCAAGACGAUCUAUUGCAAGAGGCCCGUUCGCAAUUCACUGGGCUGCCCGUACAAACGAACCAAAAGCGUAUCCAUGGCUUGAUAGAGCUCGUUAGCCAACCCUCGGAUCGGAGCGAUGCCGUCGACAUCGUCGCUAUUCACGGGCUCAACGGACAUUACGAAAAUACAUGGGUCGAUGAGAAGACGGGGUGCAACUGGCUGAGCGAUGCAUCCUGUCUUCCAAAGGAUGUCCCGAAUGCCAGGGUUCUCAGCUAUGGCUACAACUCGAUAACCCAUCUUAGUCGGAGCAAUACAGAUAUCCGCGAUUUUGCAUCGACCCUACUCGCUGCGCUGAGAGCCAAACGGAGGACCAGCGCCGAGAAGCAGCGGCCUCUCGUCUUCGUGCGUGCUAUGAGAACUCCGCAUGAGUUGAUGAGACGAGUUUUUGACCAGGAGCAGCUUGUUGUCAGGGGUCAUGAGCAACAUGAUUACUAUGGACCGAUGCUCGCAAGGUUACAAGGCGUCGUGUUCAUGGCGACGCCUCAUAGAGGAUUAAACCUCAGCUUUUGGGACAGCCUCAGGCCGCGAAUUGCCCGCGCAGCAACUUUUGGCUUCAAGUGUAACACGAAGCUGAUCAAGGAUCUUAAAGCGGACUCGGAGAUGCUGAAGCGCAUUUCAGACUCAUUUGCCUAUAGAGGGGCAAAUCUCAAGAUACGAAGCUUUUAUGAAACAGAACGCAUGCUUCGCCAUAGUAGAUGUAUAGUAGACAAGGACUCCGCUAGGCUGGGAUGGAGCAACGAGCUUGACAUUGCAUCGCCAUCAAAUCACUCCAACAUCUGCAGAUUCAAGUCGCGAGACGAUCCAAGAUACGAGACGGUACUUUCUGAGUUACUCGACAUUAUUGAUGCAGCGGACGGCAACGUUGAUGUUACUCGUGAGCCCUCGCUGGCGCUGACGGGGUGA